AUGUGUCAUACUUUUAUAUCAUUGGAUGAAUUAGAACGAUGUCUAGCUUAUAUUCCAACAUACGGGCUACCAGGUAUGACAGAUUGUUUGAAAGGCGAAGAACUUGUAUUUGCUGCAACCUAUACAUUUCAACCUAUUCGGGUGAUUCGAAUUUCAAGUGAAGAACUGCACACACUAACCAAUGAGGAGGUUGAACCUGCAGUUGGGUCUUACGACUUUCGUGAUGUACCGGAUAUGAUCGAUCGUUUCAUCAUUUGGCGAUCGAGUCGAUCAUCGUUGUUGUUGGAAGAACGAAGCGUUGAACGGCCUUUCGACUUUGCUUCGUUAUGCUUCAACUUUAACCCUGCUAAUGUUAUACCUGGAACACAGUUCUCUUUCGCACACAAUAAACUGAUAUUAAUAGUACCGACUCAGAAUGCUCUUUAUCGAUUUACUUUCGAAAUUGCAAUUCAAAAAAAGAACAAGGUUCAGUCCGUCCUGAAGCUAUCUGAAGAUCAGGCCUUUCUAUACAGUUAUGAUAGCUACGAACUAGCAUCAUCAAAAAGUGCCUGUCGUGCAAGUAUCGUGCAUACUACGAGUACUGGUACAUCUGCCGUAUAUUCGCUAGGUGAUGGACAAAUUGUUCUUGUGCAAAUGCGCCAUGAACCGGGAAGUAGAGGCCAAGGUUAUGAAAAAGUAAUAAGAGGCGAAGGAUUACUACAACGGGUUAUGAAGGCAGCCCAUCAGCUAAGCUUGGUUGUUAGCUUGGCAUCAUGUGUUGUUUAUCAUGACAUUCUCUUUUAUGUACUUUUCGACGACAGAAGGCUGCAUGUUUAUAUGAAUGGCAAAAAAGAAUACGAUGGGAAUUUAUAUGAUAUAAUGGUACGUAAUAGCCACGGAGGUGAUGGCGAGCAAGUAACUGUGGAAAUGGUAAAGACUUGCUCCAACGAGAACUGUUUUUAUGUCGUCGUGCUUUUUCAAAUUGAUGACCAUUGUGUGGCUAGAUUGAUGCUCUUUAAUCAUACUUUAACAGAUCUUAAGCAUUCGAUUUUUGUUUCCGAAGGAAAAGUUUGUUGUGAUAGGUUUAUGUUGGGGAAAAUUGAUCCAUAUCUGUUGCCAGAACGUAGUGGAUAUUUCUCGUUUAUCAAUAUUUUCCAAACAGAAAGCGGAGUAGUGGAUUUCACUUGUGCAGUGCAGGAGGAUAUUCUGGAUAUUAUUUGUUUAUGUAAAGUUUCGGAUGGAAUUCGCUAUUGUUUGCGCACUGCCUCAAUUGAUUGUUUAAAUGGCGUAUUAACAAUUCCUUGGAAAGGAGUAAAUGAAAUCCAUGGUGGCGAACCGGAGGUGAGUGUACUACAAGCCAAACCAAAACAGUCGGUUGCUACACAAAAAUCAUAUAUCUUCGACCCGAACAGAUAUCCUUUUGGCAUUGUGCUACGUUCUCUUCAGUUAGUUUGCAAAAAAGGAACUUUCAACUGGGAACUUUUGGCAAGACGACAUGAUUGGCGGAUGUUAAGAGAAGCAGCAGAAAAGUACUGCGAAUCAUUAGAGUUUGAUCAGCAUUAUGUUACUCGAGAGGACCGUUCACUCUUGGCUACAAAACCGCCUAAUCAAGCUGCAGAAGAGCGAUUCUGGACAACGCUUACGAAGAUGUGCAAUGAAUUAAUACAAAAUGAAUGUCUUUCUUUAGGUCUGUGGCACUCUGUUCCUCUUGGCUUAUACGGUACAGUACAGCAGGGUCGUUUUACCGUAUGUCGUCCGGGUGAUGAGCAACUGCGCUGGUUCGAACGUUUGAUUGGGAAUGAUGAAAAGAAUGUGCAAAUAUGUUGGGAAAUAGUUACAAAAUUUGCUAUAGGAGGGCUGGUUGCCAGUGCAGUAAGUGUAGAAGAAAGUGAACAGUUCGUGAAUGCAUUUCCAACCGUUUCACAUAUUUUUGAGGAUGCAAUCCGGAAAUUUACCGAAUUAAGACCUGUCGAUGAUUUUGAGUUAGACACAGCAGCCGAAACGCCAUUUCAUGGAUCGUUUACAGUUGGCUUGUUAGCCACCCACUUCGAGCGUUUAAUUGAUGACAGAUUAGCCCUUAGCCAAUGUUUUAUUGCUCUAAUGGAAUUGGUGAAAACUAUCUAUUCUUCUCAGGAUGAGACAAUACCAUUAGAUGCCAGAUGGGGGCUUACAGUUACUACUCAUGAGAAGUCACUUCAUGAUAUGAAUCGACAAUUUAGCAUCUUAUCGCAAACAAUGAAACUGCGAAUUUCUAUUGAUAAUUAUAAUGAAAUAAGUCUAGCAGAUGGUUUUUUCGCAAGUGCUGGUAUUCCAACCAUACUCAGUUAUGCACAGGAUAAGGAAUUAGUAGAUGAAGAAGACGAUACGGAGGAGGAUGAAGAAGAAAGUCUGGAAGACAAAGCUGGUAUUGGUGUUGAAAAGUUACCUUAUGUGUCGCCUCUGAAACAAUCAACAUCAGCGUACUCGCAGUUUAUUAAUAGAAUUGUUAAUGACGCUGUGGUUGUUCUUUGGCCAGAAAAUACAGCUAUGGUAUUGGCCAGGUUUUUGGCCAAUUAUCAUCAGUAUUCUGCACUACAAGCUUAUUGUCAGUUGAAUGAGCCUUAUAUAACAGAACUGUAUGCUGCUUUUCGGUUUUUCGAAGGCUAUGCACUUGCUGGUUUGGGAGAUCCAGAAAAGGCUUUGCAAUCAUUCUUGGAUGCAGUGGAAGGUAUUAAUCGGGAAGAUGAAGCGCUUAAUAGGGUACUUUCUCCUGAUGGUAACUUUUCAGAAGAACCAUAUAAUGAAUUGCAAUAUCUAUUGAAGGUUAUGUCUGUCAUGGAGACACAUGGUUUUCACGAACAGCUAGUUUAUUUAUCAAAACGUGCCUUGAAAGAAGCACUGCAAUCGAAGCGCACUAAAGUUUUGCCCGGAUUAUAUACGUCUGUUUUUAAAUUUGAACUUAUUACGGGACGAUAUGAAGAAUCCUUAAAUACCCUUCUCUCCAAUCCAGUUCCGGAAAACCGUCGGAUAUGUCUGAGAGAACUUUUAGCGAAAUUAAUAGAGCAGAGGAAAAAUGCGGUGAUUGUCGAUUUAAAUUACGGGAAUAUGGAACAGCAGGUGGUCAGUAUAUUGAAAGCGAACGCUCGCACUUCAGAUAUCAGUAAAGAUGGCUAUUUCUACGAACUAAUCUAUGCAUUUCAUGUCAAACGUGAUCUCUUUCAGCGAGCAGCACUAACAAUGCUCGAAUAUUCGUGUCGUUUACAGUCAGAACUACAGAAUCGAAAUGUAUUAUCUCGUCGUAGUCGUGCUCUUAGUAUUGUUGUCAGUUUACUUUCGUUAUUGCCAGAAGCUGAUCAGUUCCUUACGCUUCCAGCAUCACUGGAAAAGAGUAAGAAUCCAACGGAACAAAUUGAAACAGCAGAUGAGCAGAAGAAGAUUGAGCCGAAAAUGGGCAAAAAUGCUCUUGUUAUCUGGAUGCUAAAUGAUAUUUCAAAAAGGGCGCUGUUAUCAUCAGCUCGGUUGGCAUUAUUCGAUGCAAAUUACAAUCCAAAAGAGAAGAAAUCAAUCCCACCGCCUAUCAAACUUGAAGAAAUUUUCGAGCAACUCAUUCAGAAGAAACUCUUUGAUUAUGCUUGGGAAGUGAGCAAGGUUUUUGAUUUAAAACCAUAUCCAUUGUUAAAAGCGGUUACUGUGGAAUGUAUUCAUUUGGAUGCAAAACCACCGAAAGGUGAACCGUGGUGGGUAGCUAAAAAUCGAAAAUUCGUGAGGAAAAUACCCAGUUUACGUGAACGACAUUGGGCUAUUUUACGAGGAUAUGUGGAAGUAGCCAUGAGAAGAUGUCCGGAAGAUUUCACGAUAUUGUGGACAGUAACCUAUGUAUUUCUUCAGCAUCAGUGGCAUAUACCUCCAUGGCUAUCAAAUUGUUAUGAAGAUCGAUGCGCAGCGCAGUAUGCUUAUUUGCUAAUAAUGUUCGAUCAUCUUCAUCUAGCCUGUGAAACACUCAAAAAGAAGAUAACUUUAGAAUCAAAAAAAAUAACAUCUCGAAACUCACAUUGCUUAAUACCUGCUACAGAAAUUGAUUGGGUAUUAUGGUUAAUUAGUAAAAGAGAUGAUGUGACUUUAAAAGAAGAUGCAAAACAACUAGAAGAGUGCGUAGAGCGGUAUUUCGAACGUAUUGCAUCUUUUUCGAGGCAAUAA